AUGUUAUCUUUGUUCUGGGCUGUGAGUAAGCGGCCGAAUAAAACAAGAACAUACGAACAUAACAAGUCAUUAUACGAACAUACAAACUGUUCCUUUUAUACGAUACUAGCUGUUAUUGUAAAAAUACUAUUUUAAUUUCAAAAAUGUUCAAAAAUUUGAAUUUUGUACUAUUACUUCUCACUACAGUAACCCUAUCUACAGUAACCGCAUCAAAGCAGUUUGUAGGAGUAAAAGGUCAAUUUAAGUGUGAAGGAGUACCAUACGAAAAGGCACAAGUUAAAUUGUUUGACGACGACAAAGGUAACGGCUUUGUCUGGGUGUUCGGCUUCGCUCCGUGGCCUUUUAAUCAUCUACUUGCAGGCCUCGACACUGACGACCUGAUGGCCGAAGGGUGGAGCGACAAAGACGGCUGGUUCGAGAUUACUGGGUCGGAAAAUGAAAUCUUCGCCAUUGAUCCCAAGAUCAACGUUUAUCACGAUUGUCGAGAUACUUUGGUGGGUUAGAUUUGUAAUAUAGACAGGGAGUGAGGGGGGAGGAUAGAGGGAGAAGGAAAGAAGGAGGAGAGAAGCGAAGGGAAGAGGUGAGAUUACAAGAGUGAGGAUAAGCCUUGAAGGCCAAGUUUCAAACUUUGAAGCUUGAGGCUCAAAGUCAAUUUAAAUUAACGUAGAUUAGCUUGUGUAAAGUAAUUUGAAUACCUUCUUUUAGCCUUGCCAACGCAAGUUCACCAUUUUCAUUCCCGAUGAUUACAUUACUGAGGAGGAGGAACCUAUCAAGUUCUUUGACAUUGGCACCUUGAACCUGGACAGUAAAUACCCAGAAGAAAGCAGAGAUUGUGUACAUUGA